AUGCGGAGCUGGCAGAGGCGUUGCGCCGGUCAGAGCGAGUCGACCGGCGGCGGCGGGGACUUGCCGCGGCGUGUCGAGCGGCUGGAGGCGAGCUUCGGCACGGCGACCGAGGGUAGCCUCGAGGAGCGGGUCGGCGCCAUCGAGCGCUUGAUCGGGCCAGAGGCGGGAGAGGCGGCGGAGCAGCAUCUGCCAGUCACCGAGCCGCUUGCUGCCGUCUCACUAGCCGACGCCGGCCUCGACACGGGGCGGCCGGCUGCCCCCGAGUCCACGAUGGGGGGAGAGACCACGUGCAUCGUGUGUUUCGCGAGAGUCAAGUCGCAUGCUGCGGUUCCGUGCGGGCACCUGUGUGCUUGCGGGCCGUGCUCUGAGCUGAUGCGAGAGUGCCCUUAUUGCCGCGAGCCAGUGAUGAUGUGGAUGGUUCCGCGUCCGGUCUAG